ACUUCGAAAUUUAUGUUGCUGGCGUCGUUUCCAGUAUAGAAGAAAUAGAAAUAGAAAUAAAAGAAAAAAGUUGGUGGAUGCAAGGUACGUUGGUCAAUCAAGAAGAUGGAGCAUGUAGGAAAGCAUGUGAAAGUUGUCCAAAACGAUGGUUCCCAGUAUGAAGGCUACAUUCAUUCUAUGGACGGGAACACAGGCAAACUAACAUUGCACAAAGUUAUCAAUGAAGAUGGACGAAAGCUGCCAGGAAUUCAUCAUUUCUUCAGGGAUGAAUUACAGAACUUAUAUGCUUUUGAAAACGAGUUACCAACAGCAACCAAGAAUGACGAAGAUAACUUAGUUGAGAAAAGAAAUGGAAAAAGGUUACUACAUUCAAAGAUUGUACCUCAACACCUACGGAGAAUGAAGGACUUCAACCCAGGAUCUGUUCUGCUGUCUAAUAUUGCUAGUAAAAGCAUAGACAAUACUCACAAGCAAGACAACAAAAGUUCAGAUUAUGACUCUAGCAGUGAUCCAGAGGCCCUAGAGAGGGGAACUGAAGCUCCCUAUGUUGUUAUCGAUAAAAUGGACAGGAAAUACCAUGAUUCUAUCGAUGCUGUGUUAAACUGUGCAGUAGUAGGACUGGCCAUGCAGGGUGUGUGCGUGGGAAGAUCGGGUGAAGUGUGCUGGGUACAGUUUGCGACUGACAGAAAUGUAUUUCUGUUUGAUGUCCUUGAGUUGUCAGCAGAGUGCUUUGAAGAAGGAAUUAAAAAUAUUCUGGAAAAUCCUGAUGUUCUAAAAGUGACUCAUGACUGCCGACUGAUGUCUGAUUACUUACACCACCACCACAAUAUCAGGCUCAUCAAUGUGUUUGAUACACAGGUAGCUGAUGUGUUCGUUGAUCGCCAGUUCAAGGGAGGAGAUUGGCCACGCUUUGUCAAAGGACUAGCUGACUGUGCUCUGAACAAUCUGGGUCUAGAACCAGAACAAGUAUUCAGUUUGAAAACCAGAGAGGGGCUUAAAAAGAUUGAUGAAGAAAUCUGGGCUAAGAGACCGAUCAAGCCGCAGCUCCUGGAUGCUCUCUAUAAAAACGUGGUUCACCUACGACCUCUACGACAGGUUCUCAUUGAGAAAAUGAUGGCAGAAUAUGUAGCUGGGGUUGAUGUGUAUCUGUCUCAAGUCCGAGAUUCCUCCAUGAAGGAUGCCAAAACUCACCAGCCCAAUCUUCUACCCAUGGCAUUUCAAGGACUGAAAAAACUGGUGCCUCGCUUGGAUAGUUUAUGCUGGAGUAGGAACCGGUCACACCAAGAAACCUCGAACGUGAAGGGUUUCAGUGACAAUGUCCUAUCAAUACGUGACCCCAACGUCAUUAUCAGCCAUGACUCCAUUUGGCACCAAGGACCAUACAAAGGUCAGCAUACAUUUAAAGAGGUGGCCAAUAAAUUCAAAUUUGUCAAAGAGGAUGAGACACCGUUGAUGGAUAGGAACCAGAAAGCUGAACCUAAUCCAGAAGUAUCAGAGAGCAGGAAGCUGUCUAAUACCUCCUCUGUAUCUACAUCUAGUCCCUACAGCAGCCCUCACAAGAAGACGAAGGAGACACACUCUGAUACUACUGAGGUGUCCAUGUCUGGUGGGGGAGCAAAGGAAGGCACUGCACUCCAGGGUUUGUCAGACAUGGAAGAAACUUUGGAAAUACAAAGAAUGAUGAAGGAGGCAGGAGAAUCAUCAACUGGAAAGUUGAUUAGAUCAGUUUUAAGGCAGACAGACCCCCAAAAAUUGGAAUAUCGAGAAGAGGAUGAUGAAUCUUAUACUUUUAAACCAGCUGGUGUUAUGGCACACGCUAAAGCAAAUAUUAAAACAACUACCAGACGUCAGAAAGAGGUUGAUGAACUAGAGCUAGAAAUGGCUCAGUAUGUCAUGGAGAGGCAGAACAGAGAAAACUCGCAGCAGGAGGAAUAUGAUUAUGAUGACUGGGGAGGGACCAGGAAUAAGCCCUUAGUGAUGAGUCAGGAAAACAUAAACAGAGACUCUAUUUUGAAUCAAUAUCUAGCAAUGACUGCAAAAGAGAAUGCUUGCAGAGAGGCAGAAUACCAUCACCAACAAGAUACUGUCUCAACUCACACAAACAGUGGAAGUUCUACCACUCUUCAGAGUUUUUCUUCAGUAAGAAGUCCUACAUCUCCUGCAAAUGAAGCUGUAGGAAGCUUUAAUUGUCCUCAGCAAACUGUCCAUCACUCUGAAUUCAAAUACGGAAACUCUGUGAGUGAUGAUAAUCAAAGUGCACAAGGCUCUGACACCCUGACACAGGGCAGCAUUGGAAGCUCUAUUCCGAUGUCCACCAGAAGCGGUCAGCUUCCCCAACAGCGAUGUCUUUAUCGAGGUCAAAUAUCAUCCAAACCACUAACCUCUCAAAUCCAAAAUAAAGCAUUGAAUCUCAACACUAGUUUACCAACUACAUUUGAGACGCCAAAGUCAAAUCAGAGGGGAAAUUCUGUUAGUGUACCUGCAACACCCAGUGUCACUGAGGAGACUUCUGAAAAUUGUCUAAACAAAGCAAAACAUGUUGGAAGUGGUGCACCACCUACCAUUGCAAAUCUGUCCAAAUUUGUAUCAUUAUUAUCAAAGAAUUCUGUAAGAUCUACCCCCGCUUCUGACCAAAAACCGUCCAAAGACUUGAAUGAUUCGUCGGGAGCAUUUGCACCAUCUAGACGCACUAGCAGUAUUCAGGAAUCCACUGUCAUGAACCCUCAAACCAUAAAUGCCUUAAAGUCUUCCAGAUUCACCACAUGUGUUCAAAAGCCAUUCAGUAAUAACAACAUUGCACAAGUCUCUUCUCCCUUAGGGAAAGAGAUUACCCAGAAUUCAUCAGGAAGAUCAGGAAGUGUGACUGAAGCAUUAUCAUCAACUAACAGCAAGUUACAGAGAUUGAAAAUUCUUGCAGGAGCUUUGAAAAAUUCAGAGAAGUGAAUAGAGGUUAGGUUUAGAUUCCACAGUAAAAUUUCAUUUAUAAAGUUUGUUUACGGUAUACCCGAUUACACUGACAAAAUGCAUCACAAAAGCCAACACUCCAUUACUUUCAUCAACUACUGGAAGUACAGCAUUUUGAAUACAAGAGUGUCUGCAUGUGCCUGUCGUGUUGUAUUAAUAUGUAGUGAUGUGUUGACUGUUGUGAUGUAUUUUGCCAGCCAUCAAUAAAAUUCACUGGUUCAGAUUUUGGAAUUAUUCUAAAAUGAAAUCAAGAGACACUGAUGAUUACAGAGUAUUUUUAUAUGAAGCCAUUUAAAUUGUCCUUUGGGUUUCUGUAUAGAUGUGUUUCACUGUACAAUAUUGAUCUCUGUGAAGUAAAUCAACUCUCAUGAUCUGAAGCAAUUCUUGAGCGAGUCUGUUUAUCAGUGUGUGAUUUUUUACAAUUCAUAGGUGAGCCUGUUUAUCAGUGUGUGAUUAUUUAGUUCAGGAAGCAGAUUGAAUAUCAUUUAUUGAGUUUACGAAUGUUAAAUGUGGAUGUGAUACUUAGAAUAUUCUCCUUCAUAAAAUUGUUUUUCACUGCUGAACAAAGAACAGUGUCGUUCAAUUUCCAUAUCUUCUGUUUAAAUAUCAGGUCUUUAGCUUAAGAUCGUUGCAUGUUAAGAUUGUUACGUUUGGAAGUAUCAGAUCUUCAGAUGGAGAUCGGUUACUUGUGGCAUUUCACAUAAGGUCCUACAUCUUGGGGUCACCACUACGUUUUCGCUAUUCAUUUACUAGUAAUGAUGCUCUGUAAAUUCAUAGCAGAUCUAAAGAAAUGAAGCACAUAGAGUGCAUAAAACCUUAUUUUAACAUAUGGAACACGGAAAUGGGAUUAUUUUUCAUCAAUUAAAAAUGCUAUAUAUGUUUAGUCAUAAGAUCUUUUGUAAAACAGACCCCUGAGCUUUAGAUUAUGAUCAUCACAUAUACAAGUACAUUAGAACCCUCUCAAUGUGGUUAUAGUUCUAUUUGAUUUUAUGGCUUAUUGUGAUCAUUUUCAAAAAACAAAAUCAUUUUGUAAUAAAUCAAUGUAAUUUUACCUCAUUAAGAUGCCUUCAGAUGUAAGACCCCUUUUAUGAUGUAAAAAUUUUGACUAUUUUUUCUUCACUCCUCUAAUUUGCUGUCCUCAGAGGUGUGAAGCACUUAAUUACCUGUUGUGUAUACAAAAGUAGCCAGCAGAACUUGAAUCCUCCACUGAAGUAUCAGGAUCAGUAACAUUCCAAUGCAUAGUCAUAAAACUACCUGGACCGUGUCGUCUUGUCAAUUGUUUUUAUUUCUUCUUCCUAAUUUGCUGUUCUUGGAGGUGUGAAAUACCAAAUCAAUGGCACAUCAUCCACUUAAAAAUUAUAUUUCUUAAUAAUAUAAAUAUUACAAUUAAUCAAAACAACUCUGUAUCCAUAAAUGAAAUAGUAGGACAGACAGGGUGUUUAUCCUUAAGAAAUAAAUUUCAUUUUUUGAAAAUAUGGGAGGAUAUUAACUGCAAUGCUUCAUGCCAGUAUACUUCGUGAAGUGCGUUAGCACCAAGUCUUCAUGAAAAGUUGCAGUUCAUACCCUCGUGUAGUUUCAAAAGUGAAACAUUUCUUAUAUUUACACUCUACUUUUUAUUUCUGCUGGAAUUCCCUGAAAUACUAUAUUUAUCAAGAUUCAUACGUGAAUUUUUGAGAAAAUGGAUAUCAUUACAAUUUGUAAAAAUAUUAAAGAGAAAAUCAUUGGAAUUGUAAAUUUAUAGUCCAUGUAAUAUACCCCAUCUCUUUGAUUGCUGAGGAGGGAGUGAUAAAAAAAAUUAUGUUAUAAAGAAAAAAAAGUUUUACAUUGACCCUGAGUGACCUCGGGGUCUAGUAUCCCAUCAUGAUGAGCGUAUGCACAAAUUUUGUGCAUUUUAGUAGUUGUCAUUCAUAUGACAGUUUGAUUAUCAGACAGACAAUGAACAACGUUGUUUUACAGUAGGGAGGUGCUCCAUUUGCCCCCUUCUCCUCUCUUCCUUUGCUCAUGACUAUGUAUUGUGUACAUGUACACAUGACCUGCAGAACUUAAAAUUAAGGUUGUAAAGUAAGAUUUAAAAAAAAAAAAGCUACAAUGCACCGGGACGCAAAGCUAUAGACUGUCGUUAUCUUGUUCUAUAAACAGUUACAAUCACAGGGAAUUAAGUUAAUUAUUGUGUAUGCUGAUUAACUGCUCGGGAAUUAAGUUAAUUAUUAUGUAUGCUGAUUAACUGAGCACUUGUUUGGUGUUUUAGUUAUGUGUCAAUUUCAUGAUCGAGAGUACAAAAUGCUCAAUGCUUGAUUAUAUAAAUUCAGUACUGGUAGAAGUAAUAUGUGCAUAUUUACAUUUGCUGAAGAAAAAGCAGACAUAUCAUUGUUUUUUAUGAAAACUACUAGAUAAACCAGUCAUUUAUUAAGAUGAUCUGCUUAUUGUGAUGAAAUAGCUUGGAAAAUGAAACAUCACAUUAAGAGGGUUCUACUGUGUAGUUAGGAAAGAUUGUCCAAAGACAAAUAUGGUUAAAUCAAAUAUUUUUUUUAAUAAAAAAGUCUUGUGGUUGAUAAUUAAGGUUAUUUUUUACAUUUUGUGACCAAAUGGGUAGCUGUCAGUUUUGUUUAAGUCCUGUCAGUGUGUACUUAUAUUUGUAGAAAGAACACAAUACAAGUAAUACUGAAUUUUACAUAUUAAAUCCAUUGUGGGGUGUUUUUUUUUGGUGUUUUUUUUUAGAUGGCAGCAACUAUCAAAGUUGCAAAAGAAAAAGAUAAUGUAUAUUGAUGAGAAGUUUUAGAAUAUUAUUUGAUGUAUCACAAGUUUAAAAAGAAAUGUUCUCUUUAUGACCAGUUACGUCUGUAACAUAUUCGUUAUGUUGGAAAUGCCAGUCAUUUGUUUUCUUUUGAGAAUUAUUGAAUUCUCUUGAACAAGUUUUUGUUGUAUGGUGAUGAUAAAUGAAUGGGUAGGCAUGUAUAAUGCUCAAAGAAUAUGUAGUUGAUAUGAAUACUUCAUCAAUAGAAUUGUUCAUUUGAUUGUAAAGUUGUGAGUUAGAUCAUUGUUGAUCUUUUCUUUGUACUGUGAACAAGGAGUUUGAAUUACGUUUACUUAAUCUGUAUUUGAUGUUACAUUUUAUGUAGUCAUGAUUGAGUUAAAAAAAAAUGCGGGUUCUGUAACAUUUGCCUCUUUUGGUUACUAUUAAAGAGUUCACAGAAGAUUUCAGGCAUGGUGAGUAGGACUUGUGAAUUUAGAAUAACAAGUGAGAGAUUGAGAAAACUGUUUGCCAAAAUGGGGGAAAACCUUUUUUUCAUUUUGUUUGAGUCGAACAUGAGGGCAAAAGAACGCAUUGGCAAGUGAGUUGACAUGACUGACAGACUGCCAGUGUUUGAAAGUUAUAUACAUGUAACAUAUGUCAGUUACCAAAUGUGUGAGAUUGAAAUUUCUGGAACUAAAAGAACAAAUUGUUGUCCCCAAAAAAACUUGUUGAACUGUAUUUGGUUACACUGAUGUUUUUUUUAAAAGCAGUAUUCUCCAGUGGGUGGUCAGUUUAACAAACAUAGCCAGUGUAAAGCAGUAUGUCCCAGUGGGUGGUCAGUUUAACAAACAUAGCCAGUGUAAAGCAGUAUGUCCCAGUGGGUGGUCAGUUUAACAAACAUAGCCAGUGUAAAGCGGUAUUCCCCAGUGGGUGGUCAGUUUAACAAACAUAGCCUUGAAAUUGAUUAGUGACCAUGACUUUUAUAUGUCAUAGCUUUGAUGUUGAAAUUUCUUAGUACGAAGUCUCUGUCUUGCAUUGCUUUGCAAUACUGGACAUCCUGAUGACCAUAGUUAAAACAAUCUUGAUUUCUACCAUUCCAUCCCAGCGAUGAUUAGGAGCUUCAGAGAUCAGUGCUUUCUGUCAUCUUUGUCCUCAAUGUUAACCUUGGGCAUUACAAGAUGGAGACUUUGUUCUUGGAGAAUUGAAGCAUCAAGAUCUUAAAAGUCAAGGUCAUUUAAAUUUUGCCACAGUUGGAGGCAUCGUCUUUCACACACAUAUCUUGUUUAGUUUUUAAGUUGUGGUUUUUCUCAUGAAAUGCAGCUACGGUUAUAAAGUAUUUAAAAAAUUAUUAAAUAGUAAAUACAUGUAUAACGGUCAAUACUGAAGAAAGAAAGAAAUAUGAUUAUAUCAUCUUGUAUGAAUGCUGGUACAUGUACUUCAUUACAAUGAGGUAGAGGGAAGACAGUGUAGGUAGUAAAUCAAAAUGCAUAAUUUAUAUAUUUUGUAUCUGGGUAUUCUUACUAUAUUUUUAAAUAGUUUGAGCUAGAAAAUGUGCUUGGGAGAAUAUCUGUAUUGAAAAUACAAGAGCAUGUUAUUUCUCUUCAAAAGAAAAGAAAAAUGACUGCACAGAUAAUUCUACAGAUGAAUGUCUUUCAUUUCACUAUGGUAAUGCUUAAUUUCAUGCUUCCUCCUAAAUCGGAGGUUUUAGACAUGUUUAAAAUUUAUCGAUUUGCAAGAUAGCAUCACUUUAAAAUGUACGUAUAUGCAAUGAAAGUAGACAUGUAUUUUUGAUGAGAUGAGGAAAUUUGUCCUUAACCUUUUUGUACUGUAGAUACACUUGGUAGCUUGUUGACAUCCUACAAUUGUUUUGUUUGAGUUGAUGUAUAAUUGUGUUUACUGUAUAUGAAUUUACUUCAUUGUAUGCCAACAUUCACUAUUUGUCAGCAACAUACAGUUAAACUUCGGUAUCUCGAACAUCGAUAUCUCAUACAUCGAUAUCUCGAAUACCAUGGAUAUAUCGAUGUAAGCUGGAAAUCCCAACCACAUUUUCUUUAUGUAUUUUUACCUCAAUAUCGAGAAUCCUCGGAUGUCUCAAAGUCCCAUUGAGUUCGAGAUUACGAGUUUUGACUUUGUAUGGUAACUGAUGGUAAUUUGCAACUUGUGUAAAAAGAGGAUUUUAUUGUUUUAUAUAUAUUUGAAUCUUGCCAAUUGUAUUCCCCCCUCCCCCAGAUAAAAACAAAUGCUUUAAGAUUGUUCAGGUUUUUUUGUUUUUGUUUUUAAAAGUUAAUCAUCCCAGAGAGGGGCUUUAUACAUGAUUAAAGGAGACACGAUUGACA